GUGACAAAUUGGUUCAUUAAUGCAAGAGUGCGACUUUGGAAGCCUAUGGUUGAAGAAAUGUACAAAGAAGAAUUUGGCGAUUCUGAGAUGAGCAGCAAUCUGUUAUCAUCAGAGAACACACUGAAAGCUCCAAGAGAUGAUGUUCAAUCUGACAAUAAAAAGGAAGAGUCUCGUGACAACUUAAUAACAGUUGAUGAUAGUGUUAUUCAGCAUCAUGGAUUGAAGUUGGAUCAGGCCUCAGAAUUGGACAGAGGAAUCCAAAGUAGUGAUCAUGACGGAAAGGCCAUGGAUUCUAGAAUUGAGAAACUGCAUGAUGACCAAAGGUUCAACAUGAACAAUAAUACUUCUUAUUAUGGUGAAGGCUGCACAAUUGCUCCUAUAGCUGUCACUUAUGAUUUAACAGAGUUAGGUAACAUUGGUGUGGGUGGACAUGUGUCACUUGCAUUGGAAUUGAGGAACUGUGAAAGUGAAGGGUUUGGUGUGUCCAAUGAUGACAUGCACAGAAGACGUAAGAAAACAUUGGCUUCUUCCCCAGAGGCUGAUUUGCUAGAUUACCAUUUCACAGACCAAGAAAAGCAACAAAACAAGUUUGGUAAUCCUCACUUAUUACAUGAGUUUGUUGUGACCGAAAGUGAGAAA